UCCUCACGCUGAUGGUACUACGAAAAAGGAAAUGCUGGCGGGAUGAGGUCGACAUACCAGGGAGUGCUCACGGUUGCUGAGCCUCUGGUCGUGUAGGAGCGGAAUGAUGACCUCGGCUGGAUGCGCCCGCGUUGCAUUGGGCUGUGUUGCGCUGAGCUCUGCUCCUCUCUGCUUGGGGUUGUGGUGGCUGCGCUUUCCUGUUGCCCAUGAAGGAAGUCGCAAGGCAAGCGGGCGCGCGGUACCCCAAACACACACCCUUCUGCGACCAUUUCACCUAUCCUCGCUGUCCCCAGGUCCCCAGUUAUCGACUUGUCCUCUCCAAAUCCGAACGUUCCAUUUUCUUCGAAAACACACUUGCUAACCUGUGAAACAGAUAAUUGUAAGGCACUCCUCCCCGUCCCUUUGCACCCAUCCCCAUCAACACGCC